GCCUCCUUCCCCUAAUUCCUAAACACUAAAAAAGUAAAACUAACCCCAUUUAGUUUCCCGCUAUUACAGAUUUCUAUAUAUAUUCAUAACUAACUUCAUUUUUCCCACACUUUCCACCUUGAUAGUUCUCUCUCUUUCUCUUCAAAAUCACAUAAUACACAGUUACAAACCAUAGAAUUCUAAUCUAGAUUAAUCAUUAUUCAUUAAUAACCCCACCUUCCUUCACAAAGCAAAUCAACUCAAGCAAAGCAUUUUUUGUAAUUCCUUCAUUCUUUCCUCUCUUUCUAUAAUUCUAUACUUAAUUAAUACUAAUAACACCAAAUUCUCAGCAAUGUUAUAAACAUCAAAUUACUCAAAUCUCCCAAGAUUCUCUCUCCUCUUAAAACCAAAUCAUGCCUCCUGAAGAUCCCAUUACUUCAAAGGAGUAUGCCGGAAUCAUAACCUUCUCCGAUAUCACAAACGACGCCGGAGCUCAAUUCGUCCUCGAAUCGAAAGGGAAAUGGUGGCACGCUGGGUACCAUCUAACGACGGCGAUAGUGGGGCCAACAAUAUUGACGUUACCGUAUGUAUUUAGAGGAUUAGGAUGGGGAUUAGGAUUUUUAUGUUUAACGGUUAUGGGAUUAGUAACGUUUUACGCUUAUUAUUUAAUGUCAUUGGUGCUUGAUUACUGUGAGAAACAAGGUCGUCGUCAUAUUCGAUUCCGUGAACUCGCCUCCGAUGUGUUAGGGUCUGGCUGGAUGUUUUAUUUCGUGGUAUUCAUUCAAACGGCCAUUAACACCGGAAUAAGUAUAGGAGCAAUCCUCUUUGCUGGGCAAUGCCUUCAGAUCAUGUACACAAGUCUUUCGCCACAUGGUUCACUACAAUUGUAUCAAUUCAUAGCUAUGGUGACAGUAGUGAUGAUUGUACUCUCUCAGUUCCCAUCCUUUCACUCUCUCAGAUACAUCAACUUGGGUUCUCUGGUUCUCAGUUUGGGCUACACCUUCAUAGUGGUUGGUGCAUGCAUUCAUGCAGCUUCCUCAAAAAAUGCUCCUCCAAGGGAUUAUUCAUUGGAUUCUUCAGAGGCUACUAGAGUUUUUAACGCAUUCAAUUCCAUCUCUAUAAUAGCUGCAAUAUUCGGGAAUGGUAUACUGCCAGAAAUACAAGCAACUUUGGCUCCACCAGCAACUGGGAAGAUGUUUAAAGGCCUUCUGAUGUGCUACACUGUCAUAUUUAUCACAUUUUAUGCAAUUGCUGUUUCUGGGUAUUAUGUGUUUGGUAACAAAUCCACUUCCAACAUACUUAUAAGCUUCCUGCCUGAUAAUGGACCUGCUUUGGCUCCUGAUUGGGUUCUAGGACUUGCUGUCAUCUUCAUUCUUCUCCAGCUUUUCGCCAUUGGUUUGGUUUACUCUCAAGUAGCAUUCGAGAUAAUGGAGAAAAAAUCAGCAGAUCCAAACCAUAAAAUGUUCUCUAAGAGAAACUUGAUCCCAAGGAUAAUAGUUCGUACAGCAUACAUGGUAGUUUGUGGAUUUUUCGCGGCAAUGCUCCCAUUUUUUGGAGACAUCAGCAGUGUAGUAGGAGCUAUUGGUUUCAUACCCUUGGAUUUCAUACUUCCUAUGCUUCUUUACAACAUGACUCAUAAACCAUCAAAAAAAUCAGCAGUUUACUUGGUUAACAUUUCGAUCAUCGUCAUCUUUACUGGUGCUGGACUUCUAGGCGCUGUGUCUUCUUUCAGGAAGUUGAUUCUCGAUGCGAAACAGUUUAAACUCUUUAGCAACAAUAUUGUGGAUUAGUACUGGGGUAAAGUACACUCACAUUGAUAUACUUGCUUCUGAAAUACAGGCCAGUGUUCACUGUUCAGUCAAGCUUCUUAGGCAGUAAUUUGUAGUUUGGCAGGAUACAUUUAAGGGUAACUUUUGCUAACUGUAUAUUGAAGUCUGUCGAGGAAAAAUUGUGUAGUUUGUGCCUAUUUAGAGGUUCAAUUUGUCAUGUAAGAAUAACAGUAGUGGGAGAUAUUUUCUGGUUAGGAAAUUCCUUACAGUAGAAUAUACUUUGUGAUGGUGUGA